AAACUACGAACUAAGAAAUUCUUGAGGUGCUCAGCCAUUUGCUUUGUGACAUCCAGCUAGCUGAGUCUCACCUGUCUGACAGUCAUUGAAUGAUGUGAAAUUGAGAGGAAGUGAAAAUGGGUGAAGGUGAAGGCGAAGGAGAAGGUGAAAGCUGAAGCUAAAAACAAGAGAGGAAAGUCAGUGGAGAGACAAAUUCAGGCAGUUGAACAGCAAAUAUAGACAAAGGUGAUCUUCUUUGCUUUUUUUAUCAUGGGCAGCUGUCUUAGUUCUCCUGUCAAGCAUUUGAGCCCUCAUGAUUCCAGACCAUCCGGUGCAGGUCGAUCUGCAGAGAAGACCGGCAGCCAGAGCAUUCCUGUAUCUGAUAGAUUGUCUAGCACUACUUUGGGGCAGUCGGUAGGCAGCAGCAUUAGGAAUAUUGAAGAUGUAUGUUUGGAAGGCCAGAUCCUUGAGGUUCCAAAUCUCCGGAUAUUUACCUUUGCUGAAUUGAAGAGUGCCACUCGGAAUUUCAAACCCGAAUCAGUUCUCGGGGAAGGAGGAUUUGGCCGGGUCUACAAGGGAUGGGUUGAUAAGAAAACACUGAAUCCAACAAAGAGUGGGGUUGGGAUCAUUGUAGCUGUGAAGAAACUGAAUCCUGAGAGUGUACAAGGGCUGGAGGAAUGGCAGUCUGAAGUGAACUUUCUUGGAAGGUUGUCACAUCCCAACCUUGUUAAACUCUUAGGCUAUUGUUGGGAGGACACGGAGCUUCUACUUGUUUACGAGUACAUGGCCAGAGGGAGCUUGGAGAAUCACCUUUUCCGAAAAGGGACAGCCUCUGAGCCACUUCCAUGGGAGCUCAGGCUGAAGAUAGCAAUUGGUGCUGCUCGUGGUCUUGCAUUUUUACAUGCAUCUGAGAGAAAAGUUAUAUACAGAGACUUUAAGGCCUCGAAUAUCCUUCUUGACUCGGACUUCAAUGCGAAGCUUUCUGACUUUGGUUUGGCAAAGAAUGGGCCAAUUGGAGGGCAAUCACAUGUUACCACGCGAGUUAUGGGCACUCAGGGAUAUGUAGCUCCGGAGUAUGUCGCGACAGGACAUCUAUAUGUUAAAAGUGAUGUCUAUGGAUUUGGAGUCGUGUUGCUAGAAUUGCUCUCCGGUUUGCGGGCACUUGAUGAUAGUCGCCCAAAUGCUCAAUACAUCUUGGUAGAUUUUGCUAGGCCAUUGCUUGCGGAUUGCCGCAAGUUGAUUGAUCUGAUGGAUCCUAGGUUGGGGCGGAAGUAUCCGUUAAAAGCUGCUCAGCAGGCAGCGCAACUUAUCUUAAGUUGCAUUUCUGUUGAUCCAAAAGGCCGGCCAUCCAUGAAGGAAGUGGUCGAGAUUCUUGAGCAAAUUGCAGAGAUAAAGAGAAAACCAAAGAAGUCUAAGCCAAUGUGACUGAGCCGGGAUUGAAACCAAUGUCUUGGGCUGAUGCAACUGAGAUCACCGCGAACUCCAAGUCAUACACCUCCGAAUGGUGCUCAAGGUAGCUACAAUUCUACAAGAGCAAGGCGACUGGAAAAGAUUUUGCUCUAGUCAAUGCAGCUUGGAAUCAAUCUUCAAUUUCUAUCCAUGUUGACCUUGAUAUUUGCAAAGCGAAGGUUAUAAAUGGAUUUUUUUGCUAUACAAUUGUUUAUAAGAAUUUGUAGGAUUAAGUAUGAACCUAGCUCUCAACAUGAUUCCAUUGUAUUUUCUUCGUUUAUUUGGAAUUGUACCUUGCCAUACAAGAGCUUAAAUGGUAUCCUUUUAUCAUUUUGUCUGGAUCUUU